GACACCUCUUUCUUCUUCAGUGCUACUAACCAAUCAACCACUAAUCUCUCUCAGCCGCCGUAUCCUCCCAAAAUGGCUCUUCUCCGGCCAGCAGCCACCGCAUUGAUACUCAUCUUGCAACUCUUCACUCUCUCAAACGCCCACAACAUCACCAAAAUCUUGGCCAAAGACCCUGCCUUCUCCACUUUCAACCACUACCUCUCAGCCACUCAUCUCGCCGACGACAUCAACCGCCGCCAAACGAUCACCGUCUUGGCCGUCGACAACUCGGCGAUGAACUCCAUCCUCUCCAAAGGCUACUCCCUCUACACAAUCCGCAACAUCCUCUCCCUCCACGUCCUCGUCGAUUACUUCGGCGCCAAGAAACUCCACCAGAUCACCGACGGCUCCACCUCCACCGCGUCCAUGUUCCAGUCCACCGGAUCCGCCACGGGAACCUCCGGCUACGUCAACAUCACCGACAUAAAAGGCGGGAAAGUCGCUUUCGGCGUCCAGGACGACGACAGCAGGCUCACGGCUCACUACGUCAAGUCCGUCUUCGAGAAGGCUUACAACAUCUCCGUCCUCCACAUCAGCCAAGUCCUGACCUCCCCGGAAGCUGAGGCUCCCACCGCGAGCCCCAGCGACCUCGUCCUCACCGCGAUCCUCGAGAAGCAAGGAUGCAAGGCCUUCUCCGACAUGCUGAAAUCCACCGGAGCAGACAAGACGUUUCAAGACACCGUCGACGGAGGCCUGACGGUGUUCUGUCCUUCCGACGCCGCCGUCGGAAAGUUCGCGCCGAAGUUCAAAGCCCUCUCCGCGGCGAACAAGACGGCGCUGGUGCUGUACCACGGCAUGCCGGUUUACCAGUCGCUGCAGAUGCUUAGAUCGGGUAACGGCGCCGUCAACACGCUGGCGACCGAAGGCGACAACAAGUAUGACUUCACGGUGCAGAACGACGGAGAGGACGUGACGCUCGAGACGGACGUCGUGACGGCGAAGAUCAUGGGGACGUUGAAGGAUCAAGAGCCGUUGAUCGUUUACAAGGUGGACACAGUUUUGUUGCCGAGAGAGAUCUACAAGGCUGUCAAGAAGGCGGCCGCUCCAGCUCCCAAGUCGAGUAAGCACAAGCCUAAGAACGCGGUGGCUGAUGGACCAAGCGCUGAUGCUCCGGGGGCAGACGAUGACGGUGAGGUUGCUGAUGAUAAAAACGGUGCCGUUCAUGUGAUGAUUAAAGGAAGCAGUGUUCUUGUGUCGGCGAUUGUUUGGCUCUGUUUUGGAAUUUAGCUCAUUUGAUGUUUUGUUAAUAUUGUUUCCCUUGUGUAUGAUCGUUUUUUUCUUUUCUUUUUUUUUUUGAUCUUUUAAUUUUUUUUCUUGUGGGGCUCUGUUUGUGAAUUGUGAGUUUGGAGUUCAUGUCACUUUCUUCUUCUUCCAUGUUUUAAAUAAUACAUUGAACAUUUUUUCAA